AUGGUAAACACAACCGUUACAUUUGAAAAUAACCGUUUAUCUUCCAUGAUGCCCCAAUCUGUUGUUGUGAAUUCGGAAAGAUCUUUACCUAUUCAACGACAGAUUUACUUAAUUCUUGCGAUUAUACUUUUGAGUAUAAUUUUACUUCCGAAUAUCUUUGCAAUCAGAACUGAUCAUGAUGAUUUCACGUUUCAUCUGCUUUUCAUCGUACAUUCAUCUUUUCUCAUCUUGUUUUUCGUCUCAACAAUGAUCUACGCAAAUAUUGGUGAUGGAAUCACAACCAUUUGUAGUCUUCUUCUCCUGGCGAGUUAUAAAACAAUUCAUUAUUUGAUUCGAUAUCGAUUUUGUCAAAUGAAUUCUCGACAUGAUUUCUUAAUAACAACUAGUCAAUUGACCGGAAUAUUCGUAUUUGUUAUCACAUUUAUUUUCUGGACAUAUUUGUUGGUACGAACGAAUCGUUUCGAGAAGAAAGUUCAACCAACAAAUCAAACAAGAAUAUUUUAUUCAUUACUUAGUCUUAGUUUGAUGUUAGCGAUCUCGUCAUUUAUUUUGAGUAUACGUAAUGAAGCUGAUUUUGCUUUACAUCAUAUUAUUAUUCUUUCAAUUGGCAUACCAUUCGUCUUCAUCUGGUGUACAGUUGGAAUAUUGAUGUCCAUUUAUAACAACUGUUUGUUUAUAACAAUAUUUUACUUGUUGUCGAUCAUUCAACCGUUUUAUUUGGCAUAUUUGGUGUUUCAAUCGAUCAGUGCUUACCGUGGCUUAUUAUACAAAUCUUCUCGUUCAUUUGUUUACAACCGUUACUGGAUGUUGGAUGAGUUCAAAGACCGAUCAAACGAUUCUCAAUACUCGUUGGAUGUUGACGAGUAUUUAACAUAUCGGUCUUUUCUUUUUAUAGAAAAAAUGUCAACGAAUGAUGGAAAUCAAAGCAUAGAUUGCGAUGAAAUCGAAGAGUUACUUGCCAAUGAAAAUCCAAUCGAACAGAUCAAUACGAAAAGCCAAAUAACAAUCAUUUCGAAAGAAACAUGUGUGUCUCAACCUCCUCGAGCAGCGUGUGUUACACAAGUUCAAAAUAUGAGUCUUUCAUUGAGCAAAUCAUCAACUCAGAGGGAAGAUAAUUCAGAUGAUAAUGGUAAUAAAUCGAAACUAGCAUUAUCAACUGUUAAGACAUCCAGUAUACCAGGUCCGGUUGGUCUUUUACCUGUAUUACAAACUAGUGAAGAUUUACGACGGUUAAAAGACGAUAAAACUGCUCGAGAUGCAGUUCUUACCAAUGAAGAGAAUACGAGUUUUAAACGUCCUAAAACAUCAUCAGAUCUUUUUAGUUUGAACAUCAUCAAUUAUCCAUCCUAUGCAAUCGCUCUUCAACAACUACAAGAUUCCUUCGCUUGUGAACCGAUCAGUAUUCAAACAGCUCUUAUUAAAGCUCGUCUAGGGAUUAAAAAACGCAUUCCAUUGAUGUGUGCAGCUGUGACACACUACGAUCGGCAAGAAAACACGAUUCUAUUAGACAAAUCUGGUCACAUCCGAGCAACAUUUAUUGGCGAUGACGAAAAACUCGAUAGUUUCAAUAUUCGUGUUGGUCAUACUCUUGUUCUAAGAAAUGUCGCUGUGUUCACAUCAACACGUCAUCGACAUCAUUAUGUUAAUAUUCAUUUACAAAAUAUCAUCGCUAUACAAGAUCCGCUAUCAGAUAUGUUUAGUAUGCCAUCCAGUCAGCAAGAUAAACCGACCAAAUGCCUACUGAGUUCGAUUGAAAAUGAGAUUUCUGCGUACGAAGAUUCGUCGAAGAGUAAUAACGAAACAUUUCAUUUAUUUUCGCAAUUCGAUCAUGAUGAAAGCGACCAACCACCAUUGAAGAAAAUGAACACGAAUUUCAAAUCAUCAUCAAAUUCAGCAUUUAAUCAUAUCAAAUUAAAAGCUUCGUCGCCAUCGAAAACGAAAUUCCAAGAGACAGUUGCUUCAAAGCCUAAACCGACUUUUAAACCUCCUGUUCAACCAACGAAUUUGUCGAAUAAUAAAUUUCCACCUACAGCGAUCACAGUUACACCACCAUUGUCAGUGACAGGAAACGAACUUCUACAAGUGGUUGAGAAACCAAUUGAUGCAGAUUUUAAUGCAGCAGACUUCGUUGAUGAUGAGUUCUUCUCGACAUGGUGA